UUUCAAGAUGGCUGCGGCGCAUUCCGGAAAAGGAGGAAGAAGAAAGUUAAAGUGACAGUCGCGGACAUUUUCGACCAAAAAAAAAAAUUGACAUUUUGUGCGCUUUUUUGCGGUCGCUGGAAGAUUAAAAAAUGUUUUCCUUGUCAACGACCGUUCAACCACAGGUGACAGUUCCCCUGAGUCACCUCCUCAACGUGCUCCAUGCCCUGAAGAACUCGGUGGGAAGCAGCAGCACCAUCAGCAAAUCAAGACUACCCAGUGAUCAUGUCCCUCAGUCAGAACUACAUAACCCAGAGCCCCUGUGGAACCUACGGGAACUUGGCCUGUCAGACCUGGGUGCCCAGCAGUUGAAGGAGCUGCAGAUGAGAGUGUUGCCGUGUCUGAAUCCACAGGAAACACCACCUGCGUUAGCCACUGCUGGUCAGACAGUCUGGAGAACAUCCCACCUUUCCACACACUCUUUUUUUGUAAACAAGCACGGAUUCUCAAGUCAAAUGUCAGCCCCCAUUUUUGUCAGGCAGAACCCUGGUCCUCUUCAUUCAAUCUGCACAGAGCUGCACCACACCUCAGUGUGCCUCCAGCGCAGAGGCUUUAAAACGUUGAGGAGCAGAAGCAAAAGACAGCAGUCCGCCUACGAGCGCCCAGUAGAGUUUGAGAGUUUUCCUCCGUCUUUCAUGAAGGGCUUCCUAGCACGUGACAAGGGGAUCGACGCGGAAAGUCUUGACAGUCGAGCGAAAAGCGGGAACCUACCUGAUGGACAGCCCGAUUCUUUUAGCCGAGGCUUCACUGAGGGGUUUCUUAAAGCUCAAAAUCUGACACAACGCACACAAGACUCCCAGAGAAGGAAUCGUCUCAUUCUGUUGGCGUUGGUUCUUGUUGGGCUCUACGGCAUCUCAAAGACACCAUUCUUAUCGGUGCGGUUCCGAACCACAACAGGCCUGGACUCCUCAGUGGAUCCCGUCCAUUUGAAAAAUGUGACAUUUGAGCACGUCAAAGGUGUGGAGGAAGCGAAGAACGAGCUGCAGGAUGUGGUGGAGUUCCUGAAAAAACCCCAGAAGUUCACAGCCUUGGGAGGGAAACUGCCAAAAGGUGUCCUUCUAGUGGGUCCACCGGGGACUGGUAAGACCCUACUGGCCAGAGCGGUAGCAGGAGAGGCGGACGUCCCUUUUUACUAUGCCUCGGGGUCGGAGUUUGAUGAGAUGUUUGUUGGAGUUGGAGCCAGCCGCAUCCGGAACCUUUUCAGGGAGGCUAAAGCUAAUGCUCCUUGUGUGAUCUUUAUCGACGAACUGGACAGUGUGGGUGGGAAAAGGAUCGAGUCCCCAAUGCACCCUUAUUCCAGACAGACCAUCAACCAACUGCUUGCUGAGAUGGAUGGGUUCAAAACAAAUGAAGGGGUCAUCAUUAUUGGAGCCACCAACUUCCCAGAGGCCUUAGAUAAUGCCCUCAUCCGCCCGGGGAGAUUUGACAUGCAGGUCACUGUCCCCAAACCAGAUGUGAAAGGACGCACAGAGAUCCUCAACUGGUACCUAAAGAAGAUUAAAGUGGACCCAGCUAUCGAGGCCAAGAUUAUUGCACGGGGCACGGUGGGAUUCUCCGGCGCAGACUUGGAAAACCUGGUGAACCAGGCUGCCCUCAAGGCCGCAGUCGAUGGUAAAGACAUGGUCACCUUGAAAGAGCUGGAGUUUGCCAAAGACAAAAUCUUGAUGGGCCCAGAGAGAAGGAGUGCGGAAAUUGACAAAAAGAACAAGAUCAUCACAGCGUACCAUGAAUCAGGCCAUGCCAUCGUAGCUUAUUAUACCAAAGACGCCAUGCCCAUCAACAAGGCUACCAUCAUGCCGCGAGGCCCAAGUCUGGGACAUGUGUCCAUGCUGCCAGAUGAUGAUCGCUGGAGCGAGACGCGUGCUCAGUUACUCGCUCAGAUGGACGUCAGCAUGGGCGGGCGCGUGGCAGAGGAGAUCAUAUUUGGCCACGAGUACAUCACAACAGGAGCAUCCAGUGAUUUUGAUAGCGCCACCAAGAUCGCUAAGAUGAUGGCGACCAGAUUUGGAAUGUGCGAAAAGCUGGGUGUGAUGACCUACACUGACAUGACUGAGCAGAGUCCAGAAACUCAGGCGGCUGUGGAGAACGAAAUCAGGAUGUUGCUGAGGGAGUCCUACGAGCGAGCCAAGGCCCUCCUGAAGUCUCACGCCAAAGAGCACAAGAACCUCGCUGACGCGCUGCUCUCCUACGAGACGCUGGAUGCCAAAGAGAUCCAGCUGGUCUUGGAGGGAAAGACUCUGGAGACCAGAUGAACCAAGACAGGACAACAAACAGUAAAGCGUAAUAGUUUUUUUUAUUUUAUUUUCUACGGCACUCAGGGCUGGUAGAAAAACCUCAAAAUCGGAGCAUUGGAACAUUUCAGUGAGGUUAUCAAUUCGACUUUAUCCCCACUUGGAGCAGGUUUGUCCUUGUUGCUUGUUUACUGACAGGUCAAACUUGUGCUUUAUGAGGAUGUUCUUAUACCUCCUUCAAGAUACAGAGUCACAAUGUUGACACAAAUACCUAAAUCUUGUGACAUGUAGCUCAGGGUAGCUGAGAGGGACUAGUAUGUGAAUGUAAAUAUGCACCAUAUACCUGCUGAUACGAUUAUCUUGUAAAUGAUUGGGUGAUUUGGGUUCAGCUGCACGCAGUAAUAUUAUCUGAUCCAAAUUAUAAACGACCUUUUAGCAACUCUCACUUGAAUGCUAUUGCUGGUUUUUCCCGCUAAUGUGGCCUUUUGGGGAAUGUACUGCAUAUUUCUUUCCCCCGUACAUUGUCAUUUUCAAGAUGCACCACUUUUAAAAUGUAAUUUAAUAAUGGGAACUGUUGUGCCGUACAGUACAAGCCAAAAGUUUGGACACACCUUCUCAUUCAAUGCGUGUUCUUUAUUUUCAUGACUAUUUACAUUGUAGAUUGUCACUGAAGGCAUCAAAACUAUGAAUGAACACAUGUGGAGUUAUGAAAUAACUGAAAACAUGUUUUAUAUUCUAGUUUCUUCAAAAUAGCCACCCUUUGCUCUGAUUACUGCUUUGCACACUCUUGGCAUUCUCUCCAUGAGCUUCAAGAGGUAGUCACCUGAAAGGGUUUUCACUUCACAGGUGUCAUAGUGUUGAUGCCUUCAGUGACAAUCUACAAUGAAAACAAAGAAAACUCAUUGAAAUGAGAAGGUGUGUCCUGUAUAUCAAAAUGAGGCUGGAAUGUUAUGAGCAUACAUCAUAUUAGGAAAACGUUUCAUUAUAGUUAUACCAAGCAAUACAUUACAAGAAUGCCCCCAAAAAAUCACACCUGUAAUCCUGUCCUUUCGUUAUUGAAAACCCCAAAUUUUCUGAGAUUUUCAAUUCAAGGUUGGAUAAGCUUUGAACUAUAAUCAUCAAAAUUACAUUAUAGACCAAAAGUUUGGACACACCUUCUCAUUCAAUGCGUUUUCUUUAUUUUCAUGACUAUUUACAUUGUAGAUUGUCACUGACGGCAUCAAAACUAUGAAUGAACACAUGAGUUAUGUACUUAAACAAAAAAAGGUGAAAUAACUGAAAACAUGUUUUAUAUUCUCGUUUCUUCAAAAUAGCCACCCUUUGCUCUGAUUACUACUUUGCACACUCUUGGCAUUCUCUCCAUGAGCUUCAAGAGGUAGUCACCUGAAAGGGUUUUCACUUCACAGGUGUCAUAGUGUUGAUGCCUUCAGUGACAAUCUACAAUGAAAAUAAAGAAAACUCAUUGAAAUGAGAAGGUGUGUCCAAACGUUUGGACUGUACUGUAUAUCAAAAUGAGGCUGGAAUGUUAUGAGCAUACAUCAUAUUAGGAAAUUGUUUCAUUAUAGUUAUACCAACAAUACAUUACAAGAAUGCCCCCCAAAAAAUCACACCUGUAAUCCUGUCCUUUUAGUUAUUGAAAACCCCAAAUUUUCUGAGAUUUUCAAUUCGAGGUUGGAUAAGCUGUGAACUAUAAUCAUUAAAAUUACAGUAUAGACCUAAAGUUUGGACACACCUUCUCAUUCAAUGCAUUUUCUUUAUUUUCAUGACUAUUUACAUUGUAGAUUGUCACUGAAGGCAUCAAAACUAUGAAUGAACACAUGUGGAGUUAUGUAUUUAACAAAAAAAAAGGUGAAAUAACUGAAAACAUGUUUUAUAUUCUCGUUUCUUCAAAAUAGCCACCCUUUGCUCUGAUUACUGCUUUGCACACUCUUGGCAUUCUCUCCAUGGGCUUCAAGAGGUAGUCACCUGAAAGGGUUUUCACUUCACAGGUGUCAUAGUGUUGAUGCCUUCAGUGACAAUCUACAAUGAAAAUAAAGAAAACUCAUUGAAAUGAGAAGGUGUGUCCAAACGUUUGGACUGUACUGUAUAUCAAAAUGAGGCUGGAAUGUUAUGAGCAUACAUCAUAUUAGGAAAUUGUUUCAUUAUAGUUAUACCAACAAUACAUUACAAGAAUGCCCAAAAAAAUCACACCUGUAAUCCUGUCCUUUCGUUAUUGAAAACCCCAAAUUUUCUGAGAUUUUUAAUUCGAAGUUGGAUAAGCUGUGAACCAUAAUCAUCAAAAUUACAGUAUAGACCUAAAGUUUGGACACACCUUCUCAUUCAAUGCGUUUUCUUUAUUUUCAUGACUAUUUACAUAGUAGAUUGUCACUGAAGUCAUCAAAACUAUGAAUGAACACAUGUGGAGUUAUGUACUUACGAACUGAAAACAUGUGUUGUAUUCUAGUUUCUUCAAAAUAGCCACACUGCUCUGAUUACUGCUUUGCACACUCUUUGCAUUCUCUGGAUGAGCUUCAAGAGGGUUUUCACUUCACAGGUGUCGUAGUUGUGAUGCCUUCAGUGACAAUCUACAAUGUAAAUAGUCAUGAAAAUAAAGAAAACUCAUUGAAACGAGUAGGUGUGUCCAAACGUUUGGACUGUACAUAAGGCUGGAAAUAUCUUGAGUUGCAUGUUAUGAGCAUACAUCAUAUUAGAAAAACUUUCAUUAUAAUUAUACCAAACAAUAUAUUACAAGAAUUUGAAUUUAGGUGCCCAAAAAAUCACACCUGCAAUCCUGUCCUUUAGUUAUUGAAAACCCCAAAUUUUCUGAGAUUUUCAAUUCAAGGUUAAUUAAGCUGUGAACUAUAAUCAUCAAAAUUACAGUAUGGAUCAAAAGUUUGGACACACCUUCUCAUUCAAUGGGUUUUCUUUAUUUUCAUGACUAUUUACAUUGUAGAUUGUCACUGAAGGCAUCAAAACUAUGAAUGAACACGUGGAGUUAUGUACUUACGAACUGAAAACGUGUGUUAUAUUCUAGUUUCUUCAAAAUAGCCACCCUUUGCUCUGAUUACUGCUUUGCACACUCUUGGCAUUCUCUGGAUGAGCUUCAAGAGGUAGUCACCUGAACUGGUUUUCACUUCACAGGUGUGCCUUAUCAGGGUUGAUUAGUGGAGCUCCUUGCUUUAUCAAUGGGGUUGGGACCAUCAGUUCUGUUGUGAAUGAGGUGUGUCCAAACUUUUGGCCUGUACUGUAUGUCCUGGUGUGACAAAAAAAAACUACCGCUGAGUUGAUAUGUUUGUGUUAAGUACUUGCCAAUCAUCAGUGGUAACCGGCAAAUACCAACGUUUUUUUAACUCAAAGUGCAUAGGAACCUUAUUAGCAGUCGCUCCAAAUGUAUUGUACCGGUAGUAUGAAAGGAAGGUAUUGUUGAUAGCAGACACAUUUUAUUAAAUUAAGCUUUUUUUUUUUUGUUAAUAUUCCCAUUUUAGGUUUGUUUGUACUCUGCAUUUUCACCCAGACUGGGAUGUAAUGAGAGAAUUUUAAAUAAAUAGAUGAACAGGCGCUCCUUGUUGUUUUGUGGUGAUGAACGCACUCUCCUUAUACAGAGUCGAGUUUUUAAUUUAAACUUUCAUUAUGUCUCCUAAGCAUGAGGCAAUCGUCUGGUGGCAGCGUGUCAAAGAAAAGUAAAAUUAGACAUUCUAAAAUGCUCAAUGGGAACUUAAAGAGGAAUUGCAUUUUUUUUUUAAUAUUGCCUAUUUGUCACAAUCACUAAACAAGAAAGAAACACAUGGCUUUUUUUUUUUUUUAGGUAUUCUAAUUUGUAAUAUACGGCAAGUACAAGGUGGAUAACAAUGAAGCUAACGCCCUUAAAGCCCUCUAAAAAUUGCUAACAAUACUCCAUUUUUAUGUCAGGUCCUGAAUAUUAACCAAGUAUUGGCGCUAAGUACCGUAAUUACUUUUAAUCACAGAAAGCUAACCAGCUCAUGCAGCUAUUGACAUACUGAGCCGGUGAGCUGCUGAAUCGCCUCUGAGUUGGUGAAAGUUAAUUCUAGAUUAUAGAUAAUGCAUCUUACUUGUACAGUAGACGGUUGUGGACAUACAACCAGACAGUUGGUAAACUUCGACACUCAAGACACACAAAAAACGCUUGUUUGCAGCCACGUUUUAAAAAUAUAUAUUAUUCCUAAUCCGGUUAUGAUUGAUUUUUCAUCUAAACGUGAAGCUAUAAACAUCCCAUCAGUCUGCAUACCAGUGAAAGCAGUGUAAGUGAUUGUUUUAUUAUGUUUGUAGUUUGUAUUUCUUGUUGAGCUACUUAGCAAUACUGCUACUUGCUGGAUCUGCUUAUGACUCUGCUUCUAAAACUUGUAGCUCAUCCUCCUUAUAUUCAGCCUCAAAAAUAUCAAGUUCUGUAUCGUCAUUCGUCCCACCGUAGUCGUUUGCUGCCAUGAAGUCUGCCAUGAUUAGUAAUGGAAAUAGUGACAUUUGUUAUGCGUCUGGGGACGGCGUGGCGCCAUUGGGAGAGUGGCCGUGCCACCAACCUGAGGGUUCCUGGUUCGAUCCCCAACCCAGUCACGUCCGUCGUGGCCUUGAGCAAGACACUUCACCCUUGCUCCUGAUGGGUCGUGGUUAGCGCCUUGCAUGGUAGCUCCCGCCAUCAGUGUGUGAGUGUGUGUGUGAAUGGGUGAAUGUGGAAAUAGUGUCAAAGCGCUUUGAGUACCUUGAAGGUAGAAAAGCGCUUAAACAAGUAUAACCUCUUUACCAAAUGAAUACGCCGCCGUAUGUUUAAAAUGACCAAACUAUGUAAAUAUAACAUAUUAUUAAUGUGCCUGUUACAUUACAUAUAAAGGUGAAACUAAAAAAAUUAGAAUAUUGUGCAAAUGUUAAUUAAUGUCAGCAAUUUAACUUCAAAUCUGAAACUAAUAUGUGAUGUAAACUCAUGACAUGCAGCAUGAGAUAUAUAUUUUCGAUAAUCAUUAGGGGUGCACAAACAUUUUUGAUUUACAUCGGAAUAGCGAUUCUUAUUCAUCCUGAUUCUAAAUCGAUUCAUGAUUUAAAGAAAAAUGUGUAUUUUUUAUAACAAUAGAUUUUUUUUUAAAUUACAUUUUUAGGCCAUAUCCUUGCAACCAGAAGGAGUUUUUCUAACCUGUUUUGAAAAAGUUCCAUUAUAAUUAUACAUUAUAAGUGUCAGGACGAGGAGUUUUCCGCAGCUUGCUGCGAUAUUUGUUCUCCCGGGAUGCAACCGGACUAGACUGGACAAGGCUUGAAGGUAGGAACAUAUUUUAAUCUCUACUCAAAAACUCAACGAAGUACAAAACAAAAAUGCGCACAAGGCGACGGCAAGCUUAACGCAGGAAACAAAAGCUAAGACUUAGCAUAAACUAUGGACAUGAACCAUGAAACUAAAAACAUGAAAAAACUAAACUGUGGCUUGAAACAAAUAAGAACUAUGGACAUGAAACAAAAAGACUUACUGGACACGGCAUGAAUCGAACAGCGUGACUAUGGCAAGAAAAGUCAAAACAGAGCAUGAAAAGAUCAUCAAGAACUAUGGCAUGGACAGAGCAAUGUUGCCAGGACGACUAACUGGCAACAUAGGCUUAAAUAAUAGUCUCUGAUUAGAGCAGGUGCGUGAGUCAAACACAUGAGGCAGGUGAAACUAAUGAGUCGUCAUGGAAACUAAAACAAGCAAGGGUGCACAAAAACAGGAACUAUUGGAGUCCAAAACUAACAGAACAUAACUAAACAAAACAUGAUCUAGACCACAGAUCAUGUCAACAAGAAUCUGAAUUUAGGUGCCCAAAAAAUUCACACCUGUAAUCCUGUUAGAGUGCAUUAAAAAACAAACGUGUACUUGUCUCACAUUAGGAUUUUUAAUGAUUGUACAAAAUAAAACGAAAAAGUGCAUUUCUUCUUUAAGCAUGCUUGGUGUAAGCUGUUCAACUGUCGCAAACAUCAAGGAUGUUUUUUAAAUAACUGUAUUUAUUAUUUACAUUACUGUAUUUCCAUGGUUUCUGUGUGUAGUGUGAGGAUCUUUGCUGAUAAUUUAGGUCGAAGUUACAACUUCAGUUAACUCAAAUUGCAUCUUAUUCUUCAGAACGUAACCCAAGGACCACCUGUACAGUAAAGCAUAUGUGGGUAUUGAAUAUACACCAUUCUCUUCAACUGUUAUACAAAUAGUAACAUUGUAUGUAGAUGCAAUAAAUAAAUAAAUUUA